GCGAAUCUGCAAUGUUUUUAAUCAGUUAUUUUAUUCUGAUAAUUUCUAAACCGCUUUUCUGAUAUAGGAAAAAUCGUUUUAUUUCUUAUGUUAUGGUUCGUUAUUCUUCCAAUUACUGGAAAGUGCGUGGGGAAAAGAAUUGGCUUUUUUUGCAUGAACUGAUGAAUGAUUGAAUCAGUUGUUUUCUCUGUCAAAAGCACAAUGGCCAACCCCCCAAAUAACCUUUUUGGCACCCCUGCCUCUUCGGGGACCGGAGGGGGCUUCAGCUUUGGAAGUGCCACCCCCGGCGGCACCAGUGGUUUCUCCUUUGGUACCGCCAAGCCAGCAACAGCAGCGGCAUCUACCACUUCCGGUUUAGGGACCGGCGGAUUUUCAUUUGGAGGGGGAGGGACCACUCUUGGCAGUGCUAGUGGGGGCCUCUCAUUUGGAAGUGGAACCCCUUCCACCACCGCUACAGCCGCCCCAGCAGGCGGCGGUGGUUUCUCAUUCGCCGGUGCUCAGCCCGCUGCAGCAUCAACGACCAACGCUGCAUCUACUGGUGGAUUCUCGCUCGGUGCGGGGGUCAAACCAGUCGGGUCUAACUUUUCCUUCGGCGCCACCCCAGCUGCAUCCACCGCCGCCCCAACUCUUGGUGGAGCACCAGCAAACACUGGCGGUUUUAGUCUCGGCACCGGUGCGACAGCCGCCACCACUGCAGCAGCUGGCGGUUUUUCGUUCGGCGCUACACCCUCCGCGACACCCGCUGCGACACUGAGUCUUGGCGGGACACCGACUCUCGGCGGGACACCGACUCUCAGCGGAGCACCAGCUGCCACCACGACGGCUACUGGCGGCUUCGGUUUUGGGGGCGGAUCUACUCUAGGGGGCGGCGCUAGCGGUGGUUUCAGUCUCGGUGGGGCAACCCCUGCGUCAUCCACGAGCGGCGGGUUCAGCCUGGGUGCCGGCCUAGGAGCAUCCAAACCGGUUGGCUUUGGCACGCCCGUCGUGUCUACCACCACCACUGCUGCGACCGCCGCUGCCGCUUCUGUCACCACAAAUCAAGGCUUCUCAUUUGGCGCCAAGACAGCAACAGCAACAACGGCGGUAUCUGCACUUGGAUCAACUACGGCGCCUGCACUAGGGUCGGGAACCCUCGGAACCCUGGGAACGCUUGGAACCCUGGGAACACCAUCCACGACGACGUCGAUAACUGGGGGAGGGUUGCCGUUUGGUGCAACAGCCACAAAGCCAUCCGAAGGGCUUGGAUCCUUGCUCGGCAAGCCGGCGACGACCUCCACCACCGGACCUGUCUCGGCCGGGCUUUCCCUCAGUCUCCCAGCAGCUACUAGUAUAGCCACAACUACAUCAAGUACAACAGGCCUGUCACUGGGAGGCUUGGGCGGCUUGACAGCAUCAAAAGCACCAACCACAACCACCACGACCACCACCGCCGCCCCUUCAACCCAGGGCCCGACCCUCAGCUAUCACCAGCUGGAGCAGGCCAUCAACAAGUGGACAGUCCAGCUGGAGGACCAGGAGAAGAUCUUCCUGACCCAGGCUACUCAGGUCAACGCUUGGGACCGGAUACUCAUCCAUAACGGGGAGAUGAUCACAACCCUUCACAGUGACCUGGAGAAGGUGAAGACAGACCAACAGAGGUUGGAGCAUGAGUUGGACUUUAUCAUGGCCCAGCAGCGUGAGCUAGAGGACAUGCUGGUACCCCUGGAGGAUGCCGUCCGCACCCAGCAGCAAGGCACCGUCUACUCGCAACACGCCGACUCGGAGAGGGAAAGGACGUACGUCUUAGCUGAGAACAUCGACGGUCAGAUGAAGAGGAUGGUCCAAGACCUAAGAGAAAUCAUCGAGCAUCUCAACACGGCCAACGCGCCUCAAGACACCAAUGAUCCAAUCACACAAAUUGGCAAGAUCUUAAAUGCUCACAUGGAUUCUCUUCAGUGGAUUGACCAGAACACAGUCAUGCUGCAGCGGAAAGUGGAUGAGGUGACUAAACAAAGUGAGAUCGUCCGACGAGACCAGGAGAAGAAUGUCCACCUGGCGUUUGACUGACCGGCGCCACUAGAGGGCGCUGUAACAUCAAAAGUGACAAUGACUCGCACAAUACCCUGCAUCUUGCAUUUUAGCUGACUGACUCUGGUUAUAAAAAAUACGGAGGACGAAAAGUGUGCGUCUGCUUUUCUGCUGUCAGAAUAGCAAAAUUUACCUUUUAAUAAAAUCUACUUUUUUUGCUUUUCUGCUACCUGAAAAAGGAGGUUUUACUUUUCCUCCUUUGUUUGUGGACGAAAAUUGGACCUCCACUGAAAAAGGAAAACCUUUGUUCCAAACGUUCAGUCAGCUUUUCUGCUAUUUUGGCAGCAGAGAAGCAGAUGUCCACUUUUCGUCCUCCGUUAAAUUUUGACUCUUCAGGUCACUGGAGCUUUCACAAAUAAUCAGAGGCAAAGAAGUUUUAUUGCCUAAUACAGAUAAGACUGGUGGUGGAUUGACUGCAAGACAGUCAUUAAGAUGUAUUUUUCCACUAGGGGGCGCUAUUCAUUCAAAAAGCCCAGAGCCGUAUAUAGAGGGAGUUGCAACAACUUCAGACUGUUGAACCAUAAUGGCCGUUCAUUAUGUGUACAGUGCAACGUGCGACUAUUGUGUACGAAUUAUAUAUGUGCACUGAUGCACAAUCCGCCAUUUUGGUUCCAAACAGUGUGACCCUUAUGUCGCAACUCUCUCUACAUGUAUAUACGGCUCUGGAAAAGUGUAUGGUUGCAGGCCAGUUAAUAAAGCCAAAGUUGCCUACUCUGGCCAAAUCAUGAUUUGCAUGCCCUCAAAUUCUCUGCUAUUAGAGCAUUUUGUGGGCCAUGAGCUUUAGGGUUUGUGAACGAGAGGGUUGGAAGCCAUGAACAGGAUUUCAAGCUUGUGUUUUUGUGAAAUUUGGAUGAAAUUUGGCCCAACAAUUGCUCUGUUUUGCAAUGGAGUGUAGGCAUCAUUUUUCAAAAGGGCGAUUUUUCAGGACUGUUUUUAGGGCUAGGGGUGAUCAUCAUCUUUGGAUGGAAAUUUCUCCCAAAAGUCAUCAGAUUACCCCCAAAAAUUGAAGAGAAAGUAAAAGAUGAUGACACAAGGUUUAAUUAAUGUGCGUCUCAAACACCUUGGAGAGUUGCGAGUAUUUUUCCUGAUUUUUGAAAGUGGGGGUUAUUUAUCACUGGGGUCUGUGGCAGUUUUAUUUACUGGUCUGCAACACUAGAGGGCGCUCUUCACGGAGGCCAGUUGACUGUAGCUAGCCACGCAUGUUUGACUUUGGCAAAAAUACAUACUUUUAUUAUAAAAGACGGUUAUGUUCACCAGAAUGUUUCGGGGAAGUGAGGAAAACACUUCCAGCAAAGUUUUUUAAGGGGACUGGUCCUUCGAUUAGUGGUUACAAAAUUUAUACUUGAUCUACUAUAUGCUAAGAAAAUUUUCUAGGGCACUUAUAUAAUGGUCAACAUUAUUUUUGAGGUUUUUGUACAUGGGUAGCCAAUAUGUACCUAUUAAAAGUAUGAAAUAAGGUAAAUUUUA